UUGUUUCCGGUCGGUCACGUUGUGCUGUUGCUGCUCAGAAAUGGCGGAUAUGGAUGAAUUGUUCGGCAGUGACGGAGACAGCGACAAUGAGCAGCGAGAGUCUGGCUCCGGGUCUGGUUCUGACUCAGAGCAGGAGCGGCAUCAGUCUGCCAGCAAUGCCUCGGGCAGUGGCAGUGACAGCGAGCGUGGACGAGGAGAUGAUGAUGAUGACGACGAAGAGGAAGGCCAGGAGGCAGGAAAAUCUAGCAUGAAUAAGGAACUUUUUGGAGAUGACAGUGAGGAUGAACAGCAUAGUCAGCACAGUCAGCAUAGUCGGCACAGUCAGCACAGUCAACGCAGUCAACACAGCGCCAGUGACAACCUGUCAGAGCGCUCAGGGAAUCAAUCGGAUGCCAGCAUCCAGUCAGACCAGGGGGACAACGAUCACUCAGACGCAGAGCAGCACAGCGGCUCGGAGCGUGGCCACCGAGAUGAUGAUGAAGAUGACGAGGACAGGGGCCACCGCUCAGAUGGAGGAAGCCCAGCUGAAGGAAGCCCAGCUGAAGGAAGCCCGGCUGGAGGAAGCCCAGCUGAAGGGAGCCUGGCUGGAGGAAGCCCAGCUGGCAGUGGUAUGUCUGGAGCAGGUAGCCCUCGCUCUGAGAGGGGCAGCGUGCGUUCAGACCGAAGUGUCCACAGUGGUCCUGGGACUCCACAGUCGGGACCGCCUACUCCUCACAGUGAUGGAGAAGCUUCAGGCAGGGAGAACCAGUCAGAUGACGAGAAGUGGGAAGGAGGUGCCAAAAGUGACCAGUCAGAGGAUGAAGAUGAGAAACGUCAUUACUCCGAUGAAGAAAGAGAGAACUCUGACGAUGAGGGGCCGAGGAACAGGAAGUCAGAGUCUCCAAAGGGCAGUGAUAGUGAAGAUGAGUUCAUCAGACAGAAAACAAAACCUAAAGCCACCUCUGAUUCUGAUUCAGACAGUGAUGUUGGCACAAAGAAAGUAAAGAAAACUGCAGCAGACGACCUGUUUGGAGAAGCUGAUGACAUCUCAUCAGAUAGCGAUGCAGAGAAGCCUCUGACUCCGGGACAGCCCCUGGACACUGAGGAUGGCAUGGAGGGAGAGCAGGCAGAAGAGGAGCCUGCACCUGAAACACGUAUCGAAGUAGAAAUCCCAAAAGUCAGCACAGACCUGGGAUCUGACCUUUAUUUUGUCAAGCUGCCCAACUUCCUGUCUGUGGAGCCCAGACCCUUUGAUCCUCAGUACUAUGAGGAUGAAUUUGAGGAUGAAGAAAUGCUGGAUGAAGAGGGACGGACCAGGCUCAAACUGAAGGUGGAGAAUACUAUUCGUUGGAGGGUCAAGAAAGACGAGGAGGGAAUUGAAACACGAGAGAGCAACGCUCGCAUUGUUAAAUGGUCUGACGGCAGCAUGUCCCUCCACCUGGGGAAUGAAGUUUUUGAUGUUUACAAAGCUCCUCUCCAGGGAGACCACAACCACCUGUUCAUCCGACAGGGCACUGGACUGCAGGGACAGGCUGUGUUCAAAACCAAGUUGACCUUCAGGUAAUGGAGUCACAUGUCAUUGUUGUGU